CUCUCUCACACACAAACACACACUUUCUCUUUCUCUCUCUAACCUUUCUUCUUCUUCUUCGUUGAUUCUCCCGUUAGACGCCAUUGUUCUAACCUCUGAAAACCUAAUCUCUUCGAAUUCAAUUCCUCUUUCUCUCAUCAUACAAUGUACUAAUUGAUUCUUCAUUCUUCAUUUUCGCCGGUUAUGAAUCCAUCAGACGAACAACUGCUUCCGCCACAACAACCUCACCGGUUAUCGUUCAGCUGUGACCGUCAUCCAAGCGAACAGUAUAACGGUUUCUGCCCUACUUGUCUCUGCGAACGUCUCAGUACACUAGAUAAUGAAUCUCCGGCCUCUUCAUCUUCCCGUCGACCUUCCAACGCCGCCGCCGCAGCUAUUAAGUCUAUUUUCAGAGUCUCCGGUAGAAAUAAGGCUUCCGCUGCAUCUUCAUUCUUACCGGAGCUCCGUCGUACGAAAUCGUUUUCCGCUUCUAAAAACGAGAGGUUUACAGGAAUUGUUGAGCCGCAACGGAAGUCAUGCGAUGUAAGAACUCGUAGUACUCUAUGGAAUCUGUUUAAUCAGGAAGGAGAACGUAAAUUCAUCUCCAAAAUUGAUCAGCCGGUUGAGAUUAUCAGUUCUGUGAAUGUACCUGUUCUGGAAUCGAAGGAGGAAGAAGAACAGGAAGAAGAACAGGGAGAAAUUGAAGACGACUGCGACGGAGAUGAAAUUAGGGUUUCGGAAGCAGUAGAAGAGAUAGUAUCCAUUGUACAGGAGGAAAUCAAGACAAUGAAGGAUCAUAUUCACAUAGAUCUCGAUUUACAGACGAAGAAACCUUCUUCUUCUUCAAUGGCGGGAAGUUUUUGGGCAGCUGCUUCAGUUUUCAGUAAGAAAUGGCAGAAAUGGAGGCAAAAGCAAAAGGUAAAGAAACGUAAUCUCGAUGUUUCCUCCGUUGCAUUACCUGUUGAGAAACCAAUUUCACGUCAGUUUCACGAAACUCAAUCAGAAAUCGCUGAUUACGGCUUCGGCCGUCGUUCCUGCGAUACCGAUCCAAGAUUCUCACUCGACGCCGGCCGUUUCUCCCUCGACGCCGGCCGUAUGUCGUUUGAAGAUCCUCGUUACUCCUUCGAUGAACCUCGAGCUUCAUGGGAUGGUCACUUAAUUGGCCGGACAUUUCCCCGUCUUCCACCAAUGCUAUCUGUUGUAGAGGAUUCUCCAAUAAUUCAUGUUUCGAGAUCAGAUACAGAAAUUCCAUUAGAAGGUCUGAAUCAGAAUUACAUUAAAGAAAACGAAAGAGUUCCUGGAGGAUCUAUACAGACUAGAGAAUACUAUGAUUCGAGUUCACGCAGGAGGAAGAGCCUUGAUCGGUCGAGUUCAAUAAGGAAGACUGCAGCUUCAGUGGUUGCAGAACUCGAUCAAAUGAAGGCUGGUGUUGAUUACAGAGAAUGGGAUUCAGAAGAUGAAGAAAAGGGUAUGAAGAAAUCUAAAAAGUGGAUGAAGAAGGGUUGGAACAUUUGGGGAUUAUUCAUCCAUAGAAGGAAUAAUAAUAAUAAAGAUGAAGGUAGAAAUGGGAUUGGGAGAUCUUAUUCAGAGUCUUGGCCGGAGAUGAGAAGGGGGGUUGGGGAAGGGAAUAGGAGUUUAAGAAGAUCAAGAGAUUCUUCAUACAAUUUGGGUUCUUUUGGGAAAAAGAGAGGUGAAAUGAUGAUGAUGAUGAACAAUAGUGGCAGUAGAAGAGGAUGAGAUGUUAAGAACAGCAAGAUUGCUAGGAGUGUGCUGCAACUGCAUUGAAGAAGUUGUUUAGAUUGAUUGAUGUUAGUUUUUAGUUGUUGUUGUUGUGUCUGAAUGUUCUUAGUUUAGUUUAGUUGUUGGUGGUGGUGGGUAUAAAAGAGAGUUAUCAUUGUGGUCAAAAUCAAGCAAUCAUGAUGAUCAUCAUUAUAUAUAAUGAUGCUAU